GCGGGGUCUUCCUGCUGCUCCCAUUUUUCAGGCAUGAGCCAGGGCAGCCCCGACGCGGGGUCCUUGUGACAUGAGGUCCUAUUUAGUCUGGGUCAGGAUCAGCGCGGCUUCAGGAGGGAAACUUUAGCGGCUUUGUCCCGAGACAAAGAGCAGAGCGCGCCGCCGAACCCGGAUUGUCAGGGGGUGAAGCUGUAUCAGGAACCCAACUAUGUCUGGCAUAGCCCUGAGCAGACUUGCCCAGGAGAGAAAAGCUUGGAGAAAAGACCAUCCUUUUGGUUUUGUGGCAGUACCAACAAAAAAUCCAGAUGGCACAAUGAACUUGAUGAACUGGGAGUGUGCUAUUCCAGGCAAGAAAGGGACCCCUUGGGAAGGAGGAUUAUUUAAACUUCGGAUGCUGUUUAAGGAUGAUUAUCCCUCCUCGCCUCCAAAAUGUAAAUUUGAGCCUCCCUUAUUCCACCCAAACGUUUAUCCUUCAGGCACAGUGUGUCUGUCCAUCUUAGAAGAAGACAAGGAUUGGAGGCCAGCAAUCACAAUUAAACAGAUCUUGUUAGGAAUACAAGAACUUCUAAAUGAACCAAAUAUACAAGAUCCAGCUCAAGCAGAGGCAUACACAAUUUACUGCCAAAACAGAGUUGAAUAUGAAAAAAGAGUCAGAGCACAAGCCAAGAAGUUUGCUCCAUCAUAAGCUUCAACCGUGUGGCAUCUUACAAUAAAAACUUUAAAAAAGGAAAAAAAAAACCCAGAACAUAAAAAGGAAGGGAUUGGUUUGGCAAGAACUUGUUUACAAAAAACAAAAUUUUUUUGCAAAAUUGAAUGCUAUAUACAAAAAGUCACUUAGGGGAGGGGGUUAUGUGUGCCAUUUUCCAUUUUCGCCACUUGUAUAGAGUUCUAAAUCUGCUGAAUAUUCCCCCCAGUUUUUUCAUACAGGGUCUCUUCCUUCCGUCUUUUUGUAUUUUGAUUGUUAUGAUGUAAAACUUGCUUUUAUUUUAAUAUUGAUGUCAGUAUUUCAACUGCUGUAAAAUUAUAAACUUUUAUACUUCUAUAAAUCCACUAGUAAUCUAUAGUUUUUUUCCUUUGCUAUCCGAUGCAGGCAUGCUAUAAAAAUGUUUAGAACUAUAUCUAGCCUCUAGCUGGCUGUAGUAAAAAUUAAAACCAGAAUACAAUGUCAUAUUCCACCCCCUCCCUGCCCCUAAGUUUUUCCUUUUUAGGGUCUUUCAGUGACUAGGCUGCCAUUCUCUGCAACCUAGCGCCUCAGACAGUCAGCAACUUGCUUCUGCAUCACUUCCUUUGUGUUUAUAUGGCGUUCUGUCUGUGUUGCUGUUUAGAUUAAAUAAACUGUUUAUAUAAAAUUUUUGUUUCUUAUCUUUUUCAUGAAAAGGACCAUAAAAGCAGAAAUCUUUUUGGCUUGUAAAUUGACAUUGACUUUUUUUUUUUUUUCCUGUGCAUUCUGUAAAGAAA